AUGACCAACUCCUGCUGCUCCCCUUGCUGCCAGCCCACCUGCUGCAGGACCACCUGCUGCAGGACCACCUGCUGGACACCCAGCUGUGUGAGCAGCUGCUGCCAGCCCUGCUGCCAGCCCAGCUGCUGUGGCUCCAGCUGCUGCCAGCCCUGCUGCCAGCCCACCUGCUGUAGGACCUGCUUCCAGCCAAGCUGUGUGAGCAGCUGCUGCCGCACACCCUGCUGCCAGCCCUGCUGCUGUGUGUCCAGCUGCUGCCAGCCUUGCUGCCAGCCCAGCUGCUGUGAGUCCAGCUGCUGCCAGCCCAGGUGCUGUAUCUCCAGCUGCUGCCAGCCCUGCUGUAAGCCCUGUUGCUGCAGGCCCUGCCUAAAGCCCUGCUGUGAGCCCUUCUGCCUCAACCUGUGCUGCCAGCCAGCUUGCUCUGGACCUGUGACCUGCACCAGGACUUGCUACCAGCCCACAUGUGUCUGUGUGCCUGGCUGCCUGUCCCAGGGCUGUGGGUCCAGCUGCUGCGAGCCCUGUGGCUGUUGA